AUGAUACGAGACAUCGUGGUUGCUCUGAAUCUCCUCGUCGCCGGCUGUCUGGCUGACCAUGGUGAGAAUCAAACUUUUGAAAAUUUUCAUAAUGCCCGUACGGCUCCGCUUUUGAAGCAAGCGUAGGAUUUAAGCACGUGAAAUCAAAAUUUCCUAUCUAAAAAUCGGUUUAAAUUAACUCGAUAUAGUUUUAUUCUAUGAGGACCCUUUGCCGAUCAGUUAUUUCAGCGCCCACAUCGUUGAAUGAUUACAAAUUAUUUGCGUCAGGUAUUUUUGUCUGAUAAGACCGAUGAAUGGAAAAUUUUUCAUUGAAGGGCUAUGUUUCAUUGAGUAGCCAUCAGAUACUGCGCCGUAAGACAACCAAACCCCAAUCUGGAGGGGCAUAUCGCCUCUCAGGGAAGCAAAAGUUAGAAGUCCGGAUCAUGAAUAUUUUUCUACUGACUCCAGAGGUAACUCUUAGAAGAUAAAAUUCAAACUGCGAUUGACAAUUUAAAUGGAUUCUCGCGUCAGUCGAUCUCUACAAGACCUCAACAAACACGUUGUAAAUACAGCUUAUACUUUUUUAAGGAGUUGAUGUCUAAACCUAAAUACAGCAAAAUGUCCAUUUCCAGUGCAAUGAACACGAUAUGAUUUCCAGACGUCCAGUCUUCAGAAAUACAGGAAAUUAAAUACUAGAGCAUACUUUGAGAUAUGGCCUAUGGUACUAUUUACUCCAUAUGUGUUUAACGGGAAUCGUACGUUAUUUUGAGAAAAAAUCAUAUAUUACUUCUGAUUCGAAAGUAGUUUGGGACAGAUAAAAGUUAUAGGACAAAUAUGGCAAACGAAUAAUUAUUUAACGAUGGUAUUCUUAAAGCUUUGCGCGAGAGGACAGAGGAAUUUUACUGCAGAUACAAGAAUUUAAAUAAGAUCGUAUUUUCCGAAAAUUUGGUACGCUAAAAUAUGUUUUUGGUUGAAAGAAAUUUCCAAAAUGAGAUUUAAUGCUUAUUGACCUGAAGCUAGUUCUGAAGGGAUUCUUUCGAUUAAAGAUGUUCGAUUGUGAAUAAGAAUAGACACAUGCACUUGAAUAGUUAGAUAUCGCGAUAUUUUCAUUUAUUUCUAACGUCAUUAUUAGUCUGAACAUAUACUGCCAAACAUAUGCUAGAACAACCAUUGCUCACGCCUUUUGGGGUAAAUCACAUCUUUAAAUUCCUAACUUCCGAAAACAUGUAUCAUUCGAUCUGAGAACGUUUAUCCACGAAUAACUUCAAACACAAACUGGGGUUUCGCUGGAACUUUGGGUUUCCGAAGCACACGCUUCAAACUGUCCCUUAAAGAGAAAUCGUACAUUCCGUCGUGCCAUUCAGGAGAUAUCAUUUGGAGCUCAUGGAACUUAUAAUCAAAUCUACUCGACAUUCAUAAUACAAUAGCCGCAUUAAUAACAGCACAGAUCUAAAAACUUCCCUAAUCAAAAACCGUUUGUGGUAGAAAAUGAGCCCUUCUCACACACGGCACUUUAAUAUGACGUAAUGUUUACAAAUGUAGUUUAAUUAGGGAUCCUUUUCAAGUAUUUCUACAAAAUAUGUUUUAACAUCGGAGAGGAAUAGAACAUUAGUAUUGAUUUUAUUAGCGUUUUUCGCAGCAUGGCCUUCGAUUGUGGUCAGAAAGCCAACAUACUAAGAUGACCUAAGACUAUUUCCCAUAUCAGUGGGCAUUGCAAUCUCACUCAAGUAAUCUCUCUAACUGAAAUUACAGGUUCCUGUUUUAGCAACAGAUUUAUGACUUUGAUCGGGGACAAUAUAAAUUUCAUAAAUAGGGAAACUUAACUUUUGCACGCCAAUUUUGGAGGAAACUUCGUCCUUCAACGCAGAAAUUUGCUUUGCAAUGUUGCUCACGAAAAAAAACUUCUCAGUAGCCCCACUUGGACUUGCUGAAAUAUUUUCCCUAAUACCUAAUAAUGACUUAUACAGAUGACUAUGCGCAUGCAGGGAACAACUACGAUCCCGACUAUCCUGCAAAGUGUCUGAGCCUUUUGGUCUGGAGGCAUUAGACCUUACUGCCUUACAGAAUGUGACCCCUGCGUCCGCUGUUGGUAGUUCCAAAGCCACGGGGCUAAUUCCGGCCACGAAAUCUGAGGCGUAUUAUAUCGCAAGAGCACUUCACGUGCCGGCCUAAGCUAGCUGAUUUACAGACACAACAACCAUUUCCUGAAUAACCACAGUCCAUCGCAGACGCAACGAUUUGUUAAUGCCACAGGGAUCGGAGCUUAUUUCCUAGCCUUAAACGCAGUAGACUAGCCCCGGCCUAACCCCUAAACUCUAACCCCAACCCCUAACCCCAAUCCAGAACGCCUAACCCUAGCCCAAAACACCUAACCACAACCCCUGACCCUAACCCCUACACCCAAUCCAUAACCAUUAACCCCAACCCCUAACGCCUAACCCUAACCCCAAACCCGAGUCCCUAAUACCCAACCCCCAUCUCUUAACCCCAAACCCCAACCAACAACACCUAACAGCUUACCCUAGCCCACCACUUCUGACCCUAACCCCUGACUUCAACCCCUAAUAGGUACGGCUACAAAAUAGAAUCCUGCUGCAGCAGUCUUUUUACCCGUUCUGUUUUGUCUUCUUUAUAGGUUUGCAAUGGUCCUACGCAAACAGCCACACCAACCCAAGCAACUGGGCUCGUCUUAAACCCGUGAUGUGUUCGGGGUGGGCUCAAUCUCCAAUCGCCCUGGACUCUGAUACGGCCACAUACUUGGGCGCAGAAAGUGAGGCCGCAGUUAACAUCUCUGUGCACGGCUCAAUGGAUUCAAUGACAUUCAGUGCCACUAACAACGGACAUUCCUGUGAGUCGUCCAAUUAUGUCCAGACUGUUUUAGAGUAGUGAAAAUUCCAAUAGCAAAGUUCAGAGGACAAAGUGGCGCGCAAACGUUGUUUUCGAUAGCUUCUCUUCAGGCCGGUACACUUAUAUGACAGCGGGAAACAGAGACUGAAAAAAAUCGAUAAAAGUUAGUUUUAAAAGCACAGCCUAGGCAAGAGCGGAAGGGCGCAGAAAGUUGUACGUUGGUUAGUCAAUCUUUGACCACGGUAAGCGCGGAGCCUGAACGAGGUUCAACUGGGCACAGAGGGUCGGUCUCCGUAACCUGAUGGCGGCCGCUUCUGCUGUUGCUAACAGGCGCUGGCCCAGUAGCUUAGAGUAGCUGGAGUGACCUUAUAUAUCACACCAAAUGCUUUGGCGGGAUCCAUACGAUGUCCCGAAUCAAUAACUUGCGCGAGAAUGGCGCUGCUUAUGCCAAGCUGGGAAGUGUUCGCGUAUUCUCUUGGAUAGGUGCCCACUAGUGCCACCAAUAUGACCUGCUCCACAGGAGCAAAUGAAUGGGUAGAUGCACAUUGGGGUUGUCUGAGGUGGGAGCCUAUCCUUGCCUUCUCCGCUUAAAAUAGGGUUAGUAGAGAAUGAUAUGUGAACCCUUGCUGCUGGGAAGUUUCUCGAGACAGGUUGAUCAAGGCGUCUUCUUAAGAGUUCACUCGCAGCAUCUCCUUAGAAAGGAACUUUGAGGAACAAAGUUUUCUUUUUGGAGGUCAGUGUGGUGGCUGGCAAAAGGUGAAACUAGGAGAAUAAACAGCGCCAUCUUUGCGCAUGCUGUGGAUUCAGGGCAUCGUGUGUGUCCGCUGAAGGAUUUCGUGUGUUUUAUAGCGUCCCCUUGAAAUACAGUAAGCUACUGGAUCAGCGUUUGCUAGCAACAGCAGAAGCGGUCGUCAUCAGGUUACGAAGACCGAGCGUCUGUGCCCAGAAGAACCUCGUUCAGGCUCCGCGCUUACAGCGAUCUAGGGCUGACUAACCAACAUACAACUUUCUGCGCACUUCCACUCUCACCCUGACUGUGUUUUAAAACUAACUUUUAUCGAUUUUUCAAUCGUUAUAUCCCGUCUCCAUAUAACCGUAUUGGCCUGAAGAUUAGUUAUCGAAAGCAAAUUUCUCUCGCCACUUUUUCUUCUGCCCAGACUCUCACAUACUCCCAAUGAUGUGUAUGCAGUACGGGUUAACUAAUUUCUAUACGCGUCCCAGUUCUUGUCUCUGACCGCGUGAAAGAUGCUCAUGUGGGUGUUGACGAAAUGUGUCAUGUGUUAUUAUCACUCAGUGUGUGAUGCUUUCUUCUAUUUCCGUUUGUUGCAGUGGCAAUAGCCAUUCCAGAGGAAGUAUGGAAGAUCACACUAAAUAACAAGGCAAAGAACUAUUACAAAGUUAGUCAAUUUCACUUCCACUGGGGAAGUGAGAAUGAGAGGGGUUCGGAACACACGCUGGACGGCCGGACUUUCCCGCUAGAGGUUUGUCUAACGUUAGAUGUCGAUUUUAAAACGUCCUCUAACGUAUGUAUUUACUUGGCAUUGUUGAUCACUCGGAAAAAGUGCACAUUUAUACACCGUGCUCCAAGUCGUUGAGCGCAAUCUACAUGACCUUGGACCGUUUCACAGUCAGGGGUGAACUUUCAAACAAUUUUCUCAAAAGAAAAUACAUGAAUGGACACACGACGGUUCAAUCGUCGCUGCGGCGUUGUUAAACGUGUGCUCCACUGAAAGGUGAAGCAGACACGAUGACUUGCUUGUGAAUGCGGACUUCCAGAGCAUCUACCACACCCUCUUCUCCUCCCCACCCACCAGAGCCCGGUGUCAAGAGAGAGUCAAGAAGAGCGGAGGCCGGGGGGAGGGCGCGAAUGUAUGCUACGGCCGAGCCCGCACCUUGGCGUUCCACUCCACACCCUCUGGUCCACACAGCAAAUAACCAGAAUUUUAACGAACAACAACAACACCCAGCAGGGGUCCGAAGGACGAGGAUGAUGACUGGGCAGCCAUGCCCACCACCUGUAUACCCAGCAGUAGCGCAAGUGCAUCUAACGGCAAGGAGCCAGUUGUCAGAGAACUGCUAGUGCAUACUAGGCCGCGAGGGCCGUGUUUUGCUGAUCCUGGCAUAGCGAACGCUUACAUACCUUUAGACACACACACACACACACGACAGUUCGACCGUCGAUUUCGACGAUGUCCACCGUGUGCCCCACAGACCGCAUUGUGGGAGCAGGGACGGUGACUUGCGCAGGGGUUUAUAGUGCUGGUAGACUUGCGCUGCAUCUACCUACACUCUCUCCUCCUCCCCCGCCUGAGCCCGGUGUCAAGACCAAGUCAAGAAGACCGGAGACGGGGGAGGCUGCAGGUGGAUGGCUCGGACGGAUCCUCGCCUUGGCGCUCCACUCCGCACCCCUUGGUCCACACACAAAUGACCAGGAUUUUGACCACAAAACAAUGGGGUGGCGGCAGUGGUCCAGUUGAGCGACAAAUGCCGACAACAGGGUCCGACAGCGCACCCCGCAAAUGUUGGCAUUUGUAAUUGCGCACAGAUAACGCCUGCCAGAGUCCGAUUUGGCCCCCGUGUUGGUCCAGCGCAUCUAACACGUGGCCCGUUUUGAGGGCAAACACACACGCACACGCGUAUAUAUAUGCUGGAAAGUAAGCACCCGAAGAAAUGUGGGCUGACGUCAAAAGGGUCCGUUGGGAAAAUUAAGCAAAUUUAUCCUUUAAGCCUUUCGGUGGCUGCGAUGCAGUUUAUUGUGAUCAAACAAAGAAAUCUGCUAAAAGCGAAGAUGCGAGUUCCAGGAACUAGUUGAUCAGACGACGAAGCGAUCGUUGGAACAAGGUCUUUAUUCGCCUGACGUUUCGGAUUCUCACUUGCAUCCAUCAUAAAGUGAGAAUCCGAAACGUCAGGCGAAUAAAGACUUUGUUCCAGCGAUCGCUUCUUCUUCUUUUGAUCAAAGAAAUCUGCCUCUGCACGCAUUCAGCAAUAUAAACUGUCAGAAAAAGCGCGACCCACGUGACUACGCAUACUCAUGGCACUGGGCACACCUUCGCGUUGGGAAAACUUCGCACUGUCGGCUUGAGCUCCUUUAAAGGAGAUCAAAAGUUAUUCCAGGCCAUGCAUUCAGAUAAAUUAUGCGUCAGUUUGCGUACUGAGUUGGAUGCCACGCUGUAGUUGGUGUCAUACGACGUGAUUCUUACGUGAACUGUACAAGUCCCUGACUGGAGCUCACUUUUGCACAACCGUUUCUAAGGAAAAUAUUUACAUGUGUAGUAAGGGUUAAGCCCAUGCGUGGGGUAAGGAAAAACCAUGGGAACCGCAUUAAAAAUAUUAUUAAAAGUAGGCGUUCUUCGGUAGAAGUUUGCUCAGCCCGUCGCCGUCAGAAUCACUUUCUUUGUCCCGCUGAGGGGCUAGUACUGCUGAAAUGUGGAUAUCGGCUCAUUGUUCUGACUCCCCACACAUAAUCCUUUAGCAAUAGUAAAGCUUACUUAUAAAACAAGUUCCGCAAAAUAGAGCAAUCAAGUAGUGAAAAUGUUCAAAAUAUUGUUAGAUGGAAUGCAAACGUUUCCAGUUCAACAAAAGUGUUAAAACGUUGGUGAAUUUGUUAAAAAAAUUUUUACUCCUCUCAUUUACGUAAUCCUUGUUUAUAUGCAUAUGUGCAUUCACUGACUAGGCUACGAGACACGUUGAUAGUGUUGCAACUUAGGGUUAGAUCUAGAGGUCUGACUGACGACGACUUAAAAGCCAUAAACUGCUAUCUUUGCCUCACCUGCUUUUGUCAGUAUUCUGCCUUCUGCGGACACAUUCAAGCAGUGGGGAGACGAUUAAGUCUGAAGGGUGGUUGCUGCUUCGUCCAUACGAAGCUUGUUUGUUUCGGGAAGCCCAUUCCUGAGUGCCCACAUACAAGUUCUUUAAAACCGAAGUGUACUCCUUCUUCAAGUAUAAGACUUUAUGAUGACGUAAUUUACUGCCGAUGGAGUAUCAAAAGAAUGUUUUGCUCAUGUCUUCUAUAUUAUAUAUUUGCAUUUAUAGCAGCGCUGAGCAUUAACGCAAGCGAUUAAUAUUACGUAAGUAGCCAGUUCUUACAGAGUUUAAUUUAGUCAGACAGUUGAAAAGAAGCCGGUUCAGAAGACGCCAUACUGCCGUGAUUUAAAUACCUUGCGAUCUUCUCGAGUACUUAUUAAUAUUUUUAACCCACCUUAAUAAUCUUUUUUUAAAAUUGCAUACAUAUCGGGAGACGAUUAAGUCUGAAGGGUGGUUGCUGCUACGUCCAUACGAAGCUUGUUUGUUUGGGGAAGCCCAUUCCUGAGUGCCCACAUACAAGUUCUUUAAAACCGCAAUGUACGCCCUUUUCACGUAUAAGACUUUAGGAUGACGUAAUCUACUGCCAAUAGAGUACAAAAAGAAUGUUUUGCUCAUGUCUUCUAUAAAAUAUACUUGAAUUUAUAAGAGCACUGCGAAUUAACGCAGGCGAUUGAUAUUACGUAAGUGGCCAUUUCUUGCAGAGUGUAGUAUAUUCAGGUAGCUGAAAAGAAGCUCGUCCAGGAGAAGCCAUCCUGACGUGACUGAAAUAAUUAUUAAUACUUCAAACCUACUUAAAUAAUCUUUCUCGAAUUGAAUACAUGUUCCAGAAUUUCAGUUAAAAUUUCAUAAGAUAAUACAUCUACUAUAUGCUUUAACCAGAAAAUAUGCUCCACUUUUACCAAUGUAGAAACCGCACCCUUGAUGCAAUGCUGACCACAAUUUCUGCUAACAGGCUUCUUUAAAAAAUAUCCCAGUCAGUCGUAGCUACCACUGCCUUGUCUUUCAGUCGACAGUACCAUCGGUAAAACAGAUGAGCAGAUGAAGGAUUUCCCAAUGAAACCCCUGUCGACCUUUUCAUUUCGGAGUGUUCCACAACAGGGCGUAAUUUGCAGUUUCACAAACACGUUCACUUAAAAGACCCACCCAUUCUCCUUUUCAUUCCUAGAUGCACAUCGUCAUCUACUCUUCCAUGUACGCCAGUCUCACAGCUGCGCAAGCCUCUCCAGGAGGUCUGGCUGUGAUUGGCGUCUUUUUCCAACUAACCACUGAUCAAGCCAAAUCCAGUCUUGCACAAAUGGGCAACCUUUUGUCGAAUAUCGGCGAGCUCACUACAGCAAAUUCGAAAAUUGAGGUGAAUUCGUUUGACCCCAGUGUCCUCCUGCCCGAGAACAAGAACGAAUUCUUCCGCUACUCGGGUUCACUCACUACGCCGCCCUGUACAGAGAACGUCCAGUGGACGGUGAUGAGGAAUCCCCUCCUCGUGACUAGUGAUGAUGUAAGUCCCCAUUCCGUCUCCCAGCAACGGUAUAGAGAAGGACCCCAAUUAACUGUCAGUAGACUGUGGAUCGUGUCAUAUGGGGUUUUGUCUUGACAUACGUUUGUAGGCUGCUGCAGCAACUACACUGCCAACAGCGAUUACUUCCCACGACCUCACACCUUAACCCAAAAUCCGUUAUUUUGUGAAAUUUACUGGCUGUUUAUCGUUUAAUUACUAUUCUCAUUUCCGUUGUCGUACAACAGCGUAGGAUACGACUGUCGGCAGAAAUCCGGUUAAUUUUGUGUUUUCUUUCAUUUUGACAACUUACUGUCUAGCGAACUGCCCCACCCAUAAAACUCCCUUUACCAUAACUCACCUAUGACACGAUCAAUAUUUUACUGACAGUUACUUGGGGUCCUUCUCUAUACCGUUGCCCGUCUCUAUUCUGUCCGUGCUUACGCUUUAAUCAAGUAAGACGAAACAGCAGGUAGGGUUGUGGCACUACGGAUAGUGGCAGGGAUGGUGAUUUCACACGCUUCGCGUACAGGGCGAGGCCGCUUUCUGGAUCCCUUCAUUUUGAUGGCAAACCUGUGUGCUCUACAAAUGCACACGGAUUAAGCAUAGGCGACCGGUUUAUGGAGUCACAGGUUAUCAGAAGAUCAGAGCAGAGAACACUCCGAACUCGUAUUGGGAUGCAUGAAAUAAUGAAGUAGAGUAUGUUUGUAACCUCAUGAAAUACUAACUGAAAUUCCAAAAUAUGCUUUCGAUUCAAAAAGAUCACUUAAGCAGCGUUGUGAUGUAACGUUGUAACCAUCAGGUAUUUCAGUCAUGUCACGACGUCGGUUUUUGAAUUAACUCCUUUUAGGCCACUUGGAAAAACUACACUUUGUACUAAAUGACUGCUUAACUAGUGCGCAUUUUCCUCAUUUAUUUUUGAUGCCCCCAAAAAUUCAAAUUUACUAUACAAAAAGCAAGACCGACAUAUUUUCUCCUGCACUCAUUUGAUGCAAAAUUUGCAUCUUAAAUGUUUUUGAUUUAUCUGUCAUUGAACUUACAUUCACAGUUUCCAAUCUAUAUGCUGCAUACAUUCUGUGGCAGGAAUAUUGCAUAUUCCCCUAUUAUAUUAGGAAGAUAUCAUAAAAGAUUUAUAAAAUUUUGCAAUAGAUGUUGACGGGUUUGUAAACCUUACUUAUGACAUAAACAGGCAUGCUGCUACGACACUGUGAGUGGACAUUUCACGGUCUUAGGAAAUCUCACAUUUAAAAACUUUUUAAAAACAAAAGGUAUGGUCUCUUCAAUUAGAAAAUAUGGCGAUGUAAUUUGCCACGAAAUGAAUAUAAGCAAGAAUUUUUAUGCACAUUUUUAUAAAAUGUAAUUAAAUUUACAGAUGUAUCUAAAAUCAAUUUAAAAAAUGCCCUCCACAUUUGUAGUUAUUUUAGGAGAGAAUAGUUAUUGUACGCGCCUGAAACUAAGCUUAUUUAAAAGCUAUCUUUUUGAUAUGACUGAAAGUUCUUCCGACUGUGCUCUAGGAUGGUUAGCCUUACAGCCAUAUCUAAGUAAUCUUUUCGAAUAAAGCAUAUUUUAGAUUUUUGAUUUACAUUUCAUGAGAUGAUUCGUCUGCUGUAUUGAUGCUCAUCUCUGCGUGUCUGUUAUCCUGUCUACAAUUACUCCUGUGAUCAAAUUAGUGACUGACAAGAUUGCCUGUCAAUAAUUUAAAAUAUUCGCCUAAUUCAACCCAAUAAAACCUGACCCACUCUUUUCCUACUCCCUGAAAUCAUAGCUGGAGCUUCUGCGAAACCUCCGUUUCGGAGACAGUGAUGGCGGAAAGCCGAUGCAGGAUAACUUUCGCCCGCUUCAACCGCUAAAUCCCGUUCAAGCUGCGCAGCCGCGAGUGUUGUUUAAAUCCUGGUCGGCGGCUUCACGUCCACUUGCGACUGUCCUUUUUUUAGUCAGCCUGGUUUUCAUGCUUUCCAGUUGA